GUCCUGUAAGCGUUACAUCCCCAAUGCUUAGCUUAAUGCUUAGCACCUAAAGCACCCUAUAACGGCUCCCUCGGCUUGCAUUUUGGUAGCAGCCAAGGUGACAGGCAACCUUCCUCUCGUGGUAUUUUCUCGCACAUGCAUCGUCCUCGAGAAAACGUGUGUUCAAUGUAACGCUUCUUUCCUUUUCUCUCUCUCUUCUCCCGGGAUUAUGCCUGCUUCUUGUAAUCUAGCUGUACGCAUCGCCCGCCUGAAAUGCCAGCCAUCUAAUAUGAUCUACAUCCAGCACAGGAGCUGACCCCUCGGCUCGUGUUAGAAGACGUUUGGGUCGCCCGCUCUCUUUGGAUCGCCUGAAUCCUUCUGUAGCAGACCUGCACGGCACUCACUCAGCCUACUGCUGAAUUAAUUACAAUAACCAGCCCACCGAAAGUUUAUCCUGCCUAAAUCAUCUUGGUUAUCUUUUGAUCGCACCGCUAUUUCGUACUAGUAUGUGAUAUACCCGAGUAGGCGAGAGACGACAAUAGAGGACCAUGAUCACGGCUCAAUGAACUCCUCCGAUACGAACGUCUCCCUGCACGACAGUCCCGAUAACCACGGGUCGGUGGUUAACCUGGUAUCAUGGUUCUUCAUCAUUUGCAGCUUUCUCCUGGUCUGCACUAGGCUGUCAACGAAAUGGGGGGUCUCAAAGUCGUUCCAUUGGGACGACACGAUGAUUGUAGCGUCGCUGGUAUUUAGUAUUGCGCAAACGAUAGCGGCAUCUAUCGCGGUUGGGAAUGGGCUGGGACGACACCAAGAUACCCUCUCUAAUGACAACAUUAUAUCCUUUCAAAAGUCUUAUUAUGCGGCGAAUGUUCUUUUCGUAGCGAGCCAGGCUUUCUCUAAACUCUCCGUUAUCUUUUUCAUAAGAGUUAUAUCGCCCAUCAAUUUCCACAGGAUCCUAACGUGGAUACUCACGGGGGCUACGCUUGCCUGGGCGUUGACCUCGACAUUAGUAUUAAUAUUCCAAUGCGAUACGCCGAAGACGUGGGAAAUUCUUGGGGACGAAUGCAUAGAUCAAGAUGCAAUGUGGGAUUAUAUCAACGUGGUCAAUAUCGUGCUCGAUUUCUUUCUAAUAUGGUUGCCAUUUGUGGUCGUAUGGAAACUACAGACUCAUUUAAAGCGCAAGAUUACGGUCAUAUCGUGCUUUGCGACUCGAAUCUUGACUAUCGCCGCGCUGAUUUGGCAGAUGAUAGAGUCUCAAACGGUAUCUAACCAUCAAGACGCUACAUUUGCAUACUGGCUCAUUGGUGUUGCGAUGACACUGACCCAAAACCUGGGCAUCAUGACUGCCAGCGCCCCAUAUCUAAAACCGUUCCUCGACAGUCUAGAAUCUGGAAUGAUCCGAAGCGACGAUCUUCGUCGCCGUGGGAAUAUUACGGGAAAGUCGUACGGGUACGGACGAAAGCAAGAUGGCUCCGGCGCAUCUAAAUCUACGCAUUCUACAUCGCACGAGUUGGGAAACCUCGGAAUCGCAAACUCCCAAGUAACUACUUCGAUUACCGUUGGAACGGCGCACACCACGCCUGAUUGGGAUGCCAGCAGCCGCUCUAGCCAGGCGAAGCUCAUUAAGCAAGUUAAGAGCUGGGGGGUUACGAGUUCACCAACCCCGGCGGGCGAAUAGCUAAUUUGCACCAGGGGGUACGAAUCUGUAAAUACGCCGAGUAAUGUCUCUCUUAUGAUAAUAUCAAAUUUCACCUUUUUCCCCUUGUUGAUAGCUUCAACUGCGGCGGUACUUACAAUAUCGCUAACGCAUGAUGGCGGCGGGACAUCCCGCAUUCAUCCCCGCUAUCAUAGAUAAGGACCCACAUUAGCCCCACAUACGUAUCUACAUGUAUUAUUAGAGCUAGCAUCUUGCAGAUGCCUCGAGGAACCUCUCUAAUACAUCUUCAUCUCAACCA